AUGGAUGAUCAAGGAAGAAGGAGAGGAGUGUCAGAGGAGGGAGAGGAGCAGGUCAAGGAGGGGGAGGAGCAGGUCAAGAAGGGAGAGGAGCAGGCAGGGAGAGGAGCAGGCCAAGAAGGAGAGGAGCAGGUCAAGGAGGGAGAGGAACAGGUCAAGGAGGGAGAAGAGGCCAAGGAGGGAGAGGAGCAGGUCAAGGAGGGGGAGGAGCAGGUCAAGGAGGGAGAGAAGAGGCCAAGGAGGGAGAGGAGCAGGUCAAGAAGCGAGAGGAGCAGGUCAAGGAGGGAGAGGAGCAGGCAGGGAGAGGAGCAGGCCAAGGAGGGAGAGGAGCAGGCCAAGGAGGGGGAGGAGCAGGUCAAGGAGGGAGAGGAGCAGGUAAAGAAGGGAGAGGAGCAGGUAAAGAAGGGAGAGGAGCAGGUAAAGAAGGGAGAGGAGCAGGUCAAGAAGGGAGAGGAGCAGGUCAAGAAGGGAGAGGAGCAGGUCAAGGAGGGAGAGGAGCAGGCCAAGGAGGGGGAGGAGCAGGUCAAGGAGGGGGAGGAGCAGGUCAAGAAGGGAGAGGAGCAGGUAAAGAAGGGAGAGGAGCAGGUCAAGGAGGGAGAGGAGCAGGUCAAGGAGGGAGAGGAGCAGGUUCCGACGGUGAUCCUUUUCCAUUUCGCAGACGUGAUGACCAAAGCUGAAGUGGACUGCUGGACAGAGGCCGCGGUGAGGAAAGCCCUCACUGCACCUGACAGUAUAGUGAAAUAG